ACUCAACUUUGACUGCACAUCUCAGAUACUUUUCGAUUUCCUCCGGCGGAGCAAAGCCAGAGAUCAUGUACCCAUCAUCUUCGUCUUCAUCGUCACAAAAAUCCAUGGGUUCCUCUGGAUUAAUCCGCUACGGCUCAGCCCCAGGCUCCCUUCUCACCACCGCCGUCGAUUCUGUUAUUGACUCCGCCAUCGGAUCAUCACCUUCUAAUGAUCCCAGCCUCGUUGGCCACUACUUCAACGCCGACUCCUCCUCGUCACUUACCUCCGAGUCUACCUGCAAGGUCAACUCAUCCAACGAUCCACAAGAAUCUAAAGCUGCUCUACACGGAUCCUACGAUGGAUCUUCCUCGUUGGUCCGGCAACGAAGUUCUCCGGCUGGAUUCCAAUAUCACUUGACGGAAAACGUUACCAGGGGGAGUAGAAACUUUAAUUCCCAUGGUGGUUCUAAUGGUAGCCAUGGGGUAUCAAGGUUGAAGUCCCAAUUGAGCUUCACUGGACAGGAUUUUCUCUCUCAGAUCUCUGAAGUGAAUGAGAAUAUUGUUGAUGGUGUUAACUCUAACAAUGGCCACCAAAGUGGCUCACAUUCUUUUUCUACAAGCUUUGGAAUGGAUUCAUGGGAUAAUACAAAUUCCAUUGUGUUUUCUGCCCCACUAAAUAAGAGAGCAAAAAAUAUUGAUGGAGACAUUUAUAACUGCCUAAAUGGCUUGGAAACUCAGUUUAGCCUGCCCCAAACAACACUUGAGAUGGCUACAGUGGAGAAGCUGUUAAAUAUCCCUGAAGAUUCAGUGCCUUGUAAAAUCCGUGCCAAGCGUGGUUGUGCCACUCACCCUAGAAGUAUUGCUGAAAGGAGCCAAUACAAUAUGAAUCUGGUAACACAUGAAAGACGUAUCUUCCUUGUCCCUAUGUCCUCAUCUCCUUUUCCCCUUCUAUAUUUGGAAAUAUAAUUUGCAUGUGAGAGAACGUUGAGAUUACUGUCUUCAGGAUUGUUUAAGAGGCUGCUAUGAUAACUAAGAAAAGGUAGGGGAGAGAGUGUAAGAAAGAAGCAAGAGCUGUUCUAGGAUCCUGUUACUCAUUGGCUUCUAAAAGAUCCAUAUGCUGCUAACUUAGAAUUUUUUUGCUUUUUAAGAGGGGGAUAAUGAUGGUUUAUAAAUUGAAUGUUAACCCAUAAGCAUUGUGUAAAUUUACAGCAAACUGUAUUGCAAACUUAAAUUUUAGUUCUUUGUUAGCUGAAUGCUGUCAAUUUUACUUCGAAACUGAAGCUUUCAGCAAAUUAUAUGAAAAAUUUUAAGCUUACACGAUCUUUAUUUCUCGUGGAUGUAGUUCUAUAUUCACUUGUCUUGUGUUACGUAAACAUGUUCUAUGCGUUCAGGAGAGAAGAACCAGGAUAAGUGGAAAACUCAAGAAAUUACAAGAUCUUGUUCCCAAUAUGGACAAGCAAACAAGCUACGCAGACAUGUUGGACCUUGCAGUGCAGCAUAUCAAAGGACUUCAAAAUGAAGUUCAGAAACUACACAGAGAACUCGAAUGUUGUACAUGUGGAUGCAAACCGAGCUCAUAACUCUGGCUAAUGAUUAAAAACUAGAAGUGGUUUGAUUCACUUUGAACCUUGGAGACUUGGCAAAGCCGAGGCUAACUUUGUCAUCUUACUAAGUUUAACUUCUGUAAUGUUAGGUUAGGGUCAAAGAACUAAAGAAAAUGUAUAUAUGCAGUGCAAACAACAUUCAUGGUACCUUUUUGUCUUUAGAUUCAUGGUUACCUUUUCUAUCAUUCUUCAGCUUAAUUAUGUAUUCCACUGGUUUACCUCAUUUGUUGGUACAAUAUUUUGACAUUAAUGUUAGGGCAAACGACACUUACUUGGA